CCAUAGAGAGACCUCCCUGCACCAGACAGCCGGGACAGGGGCUGGAGACAACACCCGGGACCGACACCUGCUGCUGCUGCUGCUGCCUUCUCCCCGAGCCGUGUGCUGCCCCGGAGCCUGAUGGACGUGCUGCUGCUCCUAGCCCUGCUGCCAGGCUGUCUCUGUGCAGUGACUGUUACCGUCCCACCAAAGGUUGAGGUUCAGGUCGGUGAUGAGGCAAUCUUCAUGUGUAAGCCGAAGUUCAGCGGAUCCCCGAAGUACAGCGUGGAGUGGUCCUAUACAGACCAGGAGGGACAAAGGACUCGCAUCGCAACCUUCAAUGGUGGGAAGACAACAGUAGACCCGGACACGGUGUUCAGCAGCAGAGCGGCGAUCAGGAGUGACAACAGUCUGGUCAUAAAUGACAUCCAUGUAAAGGAUGAAAAUGAAUUUACUUGCAGAGUGAAUGGAGGGAGUGAAGGGACUGGUGAGGGCAGCACUCAGCUGAAGGUUUUUGUGUCACCUUCGUCCCUGGAACUAUCUGUCAGUUCCCAAGUAUUAUCCAUCACAGAACCUUUAGCAGCAGAGGUUGGGACUUGCAUCAGUAGAAAUUCCUACCCUGCACCUACUAUCCAGUGGUACAGAAACCAAGUUCCUCUGAAUGCUGGAGUUGAGAAAACAUCAGAUUUAUAUGCCUCCUCCCGCACAACCACCGAGGCAUCGGGUUUGUUCACGGUCUCCAGCACACUUUACCUGAAGCCCACCAAAGCAGACGCUGAUGCAGUAUUUUCCUGUAAGGCAGAGGUCCCCCUACCAGGGGAAUCCACAAGUCAAAAGGAGUCAAGGGAAUUCAAACUGUCCCUCCACUAUUAUACAGAAAAUGUGAAGUUAACCGUGUCACCUGAUCAGCCCCUUAAGGAAGGGGACAAAGUGACUCUACGUUGUGAGGGAGACGGCAACCCGGCCCCUACUUACUUGUUCCAAAAGCAGAAGGAGGCUGGCGGUGAGGGAGAGGAACUGAAUUCUGGUUCAGAUGGGAUUUACAUUUUCCAGAACAUCUCUAGAGAGGAUAGUGGGACCUACAUGUGCCAGGCUCUGGAUUUUGACAGCCCUGAUGUGGAUAUGCUGAAAAAGCAGAUAGAAAUCGAUGUUCAUUACCUAAAUCCUCUAUCUCUCAUCCCAUCUGGACAAGUCCACCACUCUGUUGGGGAGGAUGUUCCUCUUAACUGCUUAGGAGAUGGCUCAGAAAGACCCGACCUGGUCUGGAAGAAGGGGGGUAUUGUUCUCUCCAGCAGCAGCAGGCAUCGCUUGCGUAACCUAACAUAUACUGAUUCUGGGGUUUAUACUUGUGAAGCUACAGUGCCCACAGUACCAGGACUGCGCAAAGAGGAGAGUGUCACAAUUGUUGUAGAGGGACCCCCAGAUCUUGGACCUGAGAUUGAAUCAGUUGAAGUACCUUCUGAAGGCCACUUGUUAACAUUAUCUUGUUCAGCAACAGGAAACCCAGAGCCUGAGAUAAACUGGCAUCCACCAGAGCUGAAGCCAACGCAGACAGCUUCUGGCAUGACUAUAAAAAGCGAGGUUGCCGUGAAGGUCACUUCCAAGCUUAUUAAUGAUAUUUCAUGCACUGCUAAAAACCAUCUUGGAUCCAAAGAAAAAAAAUUCAAGCUGAGCAUCUCAAGCAUGGUAGCCCCAAGCACCGCGCCUGCCCAAGAGCAAAGCGGCGGCAGCAGCACGGCCAUCAUUGCUGUGGUUGUCUGUGUACUCCUCCUUCUACUGGUGGUUGCUCUUUUUUACUUCUUACAGAAAAAAGGAAAGUUAGCCUGUGGACGAUCGGAAAAACAACCCCUAUCUCAGGAUCCGGCUUCAGCUGAACUUGCUGUUGAGUUAAAAUCAGAGAAACAAAAUGAGCAACGUGGGUUACUGGGUUCUCGUGGAGGAGGAGGAGGCCCAGUUGCAGAGUGUUAACAAGCAGAGAUCGGGGGCUCUCCUGUUCUAUGGACAGCACCAUCUUAUUGGGACCGGGAAGUCAACUGACAUCUCCAGCCUGUGGAUUCAUGUUUUCACUACUUUGUGCACUUGAAACAGAGUUUCAUCAGAAGAAAAAGAAAAUGCAAGGACUCAAUAUAUAAGAGAUUACGCAUCAAGAUCCCACAAAUUCCCAAUGAGAGUUUUGGGGAUGCAUUAUUCUGUUUUGGGGUCUUUUUCCUUUUUUAUUUGAAGAAAAUGUAAAAGUUCACUUACAAAGGUCUGUUAUUGGGUAUAAUACCCUACCUAGUGUUGCCUUAAAUGGUGGCUGGCCAUUGCUGCAUUGCUCACUACAGGCCUCAGUCAGUUACCCUUAUUUGUUGCAGUUUUUAUGCAUAUAAUUUUGCUAAUUUUUUUACCUUUUUUUUUUUACUUCCAAAAUAUGUAAAGGAUUUCCACUGUCCUACUGUUUAAAGCAGUUUUUUUUCUGGCAUGCUUUGGGAUCAACAGAUCUCAAUGGACUUUAAACUGUUACACUGGUCUUGGCCUGCUUCUGUCCGGCCUGUAUGUAUAUAAUGUAUUUCUCUAUGGUCAUUACACUGGUCAGACCCCUAAAA